UAUUUAUACCUUUUAUUUUCACCCUUUGUCUGGCAAACAAAACAUUAACAUUACAGGGCCAUGCAACUCAAACCCAAGCCCAUCGAUGAUCAGCUACACAUACAAAUGAACGGCCCAUUAGUUACUCCGCCUGAUGCUAGACCCAGUGCCACCGUACUCGCCGGCACCACCAGAUCCUCCUCCUGGACGAUCUCAAAAUCUGCACUAAUCUCCUCUCCACCUUCGAGGACUCACGCAAGCCUCAAUCCAUGUACAGAACGGUCCGAUCGACCCCAUCCCUUCUCUUCGUUGUCACUCUACUGCUCGUAGUAGCACUGGCACCAUCCCAGUCCUUCUCUACUCAUUUCCAGUACCGAAACCUAAUAUCACUCGCACACUCCCUCAUGACAGGCGUCGCCAAUCUCCGCGCCGCGCGGGGCGACGUCGCCGGCUCUGAGCGUGCCCGGGCCGUCGCCGAGAAGCUCGAGAGGGGGCUUGGCUUAGGGUUCUGGAGGGUCGUGUGGUGGGCUGGAUGGGACUACGUGACGAACUUGGCGUGGAGGGACUUGCCGAUGAGGGAGCUGUACGGCACCGUUUCGGACUUGAACGAGUUGCUGAGGACGGUGAGCGAGUUGAGUCGGUUGGAAUCGGAUGGUGCGAGAGCAGCUUGGAUCGGACGGAAUUACAAAAAUGUAGUGAGAAUCUCCAAGUCACUUUCUGGAAAGCUUCUAAAAGCAUUUGGCAGAUCGGGGAUAAUGAGGGAAGUGGUGGAGACAGUGCAAAAGGAGGUGGUGGAGGGUGGAUUGCUCAGAGACUGUCUUGAAUUGGGAGGCAACGAUUUAAAAGGCUUGAUUCUGCUUCUCAAGGAUUUUGCUCUCACAUUUUUCCCACACUCUUCUGAUACUCAUGGACACUCUGAUCUUUAGCCAUUGCUUUGCUUUUCAGCUUUCCAGCUUUGGUUUUUAGUUUUCAAGAUACUAGAGACUGUAACAUGAUGAACCAAAUAGCUUUGCGGAAUCCAAAAGAAAAUAUCUUACUGAUACUGAUUAGUGGUUCACCCAAGGAUAUGUAAACGGAGCAGUGUUAUCAAAAACGGAUCUGACCGGAUCGGACCGACUUACAAUCGGAAACCGACCACUCACCCAAGGAUAUGUAAAUUGUGAAUAGAGACUUAGGUGUUGGAGACAGAUGUUUUAUAUGUGAUCAAGUUUUAGAGGCUUAGGAAGAUAUUCAACGUGGUUAAGAUAAUUGGACUAUUGGGCUGGGGAUGGGCUUGCAUUUAGUGAUUAGUUGGAUCAAAAUUUACAUAGGCUGUCAUUUCUCU